CACAGAGGCAGCAAGGUUACAAAUACAAUGUGAUGAACCUUCUGAGGCAGACAGCGCGCACUGCUGUCAUGGCUGCCAAACUGCCUGCCUUACCUGAGGUGGAACGGGUCAGCCCGAAGGUGAUACGGAUUUUGGGCGGGAAUCCGAGCAAGUUCACGCUGCAAGGCACGAACACGUAUCUCAUCGGACAGGGGCCGAAGAGGAUACUGCUGGACACGGGCGAGGGCAAGCCGCAAUGGUUUGAGACGCUGAAAAAAGUGUUGUCAGACGAGGGGGCCAGCUUGGAGGCGGUGCUGGUGUCGCACUGGCACCCAGACCAUAUCGGCGGCGUCAAGGACGUGCUGACGCUGUCCCCGGCUCCAAGGGUGUACAAGAACGAGCCCCAAGAGGGCAUGCUGAACAUCGAGGACGGGCAGAAAUUCUGGGUCGAGGGCGCAACGCUCCGGGCGUUUCACUCGCCCGGACACACGACGGACCACAUGGCGGUGAUCCUCGAGGAGGAGGACGCCAUGUUCACGGGCGACAACAUACUCGGCCACGGCACUGCCGUCUUCGAGGACUUACAGGUCUACCUCGACAGUCUGCAGAAGAUGUCGACUGCUGUUUCCGGACGGGGCUACCCGGGUCACGGAAGCAUCAUCGACAACGUUCAGACGAGAGCAAACGAGUACCUGGCGCACCGCGCGCAGCGCGAACGUGAGGUGCUCGGUGUGCUCACACAGAACCCGCAUGGCCUGACUGUUAUGGAGAUGGUGAAGAUUAUUUACAAGGACGUGCCGGAGAACUUACAUCUGCCCGCGAGUAAGGGUGUGCUGCAGGUGCUGUGGAAGCUACAGGAUGAAGGGAAGGUGAGCAUCGAUGACGAUACGGAGAGGUGGAGUUUGCAGGAGAAGGCUUCACUGUAGGUCCUUGCCUCGCCUGUGACGCGUUUCGACGCAUCUUGUUCAUUUCGAACGAGUUGCUUUUUCUUUUCUUUCUUUUCUUUUUGGAAAUGAGCGUUUCUGCAUUAUAUUUAAAAUCAAUUGCCCCUGCUCGCUAUGGAAACUGCCCAGACCCAUUACAAUCAGCUGACAAGCUUUCUCCGUAGCAACACGGCUUAGAUUAUGCGCGAUCACCAAAUCUACGCUCGCCCUCGCUAUCCCAUAUACUAUCUUUAGAUUUCCAUCUAUGUCAAUCGUGAUCUCGCCCGUACUCCCAACGCCUCCACGUAAUCUGAGUCAACGGUCGAUCACACACAAGACUUGCAUCGCAUUGCUGACAUCAUAAGAACCAAGAAUGCUUUAACGAACGUUGGUUCUAUUGCGGGUAUCAAUGCGUGAAAAUAGACAUUAUCAUCUAAUGAGUGCCACAUGCUAUGGUGUUAGAUCUGGCAGGACCGUGGUUGUCGG